CAAUUUUAAGAACUCUGUCUUUCUCUUUUUUUUUUUUCGCACACCAGCUAUUUUCUCCUCCCCCACCAACGACGACCCGCCUUAAAGAACUAUCUGUUAUCUCUAUGCGACCUACCUCAACACUGUCGUUAGAGUCUUCGUCAGACUCGAGUCUGUCAUCAGCAUUCUCCUCUUCUUCAGCUUCUUCUUCACUUUUCGGAAAUCAAUCUCAUCAGGCCACUGGUACAAGUGAUGAAUCUCGCUUUAGUCACAAUAAACAACUAUUUGCCAAGUUCGUAAGAGAAACUCGUACAAAAAUGGAACAAAAGACAUUAGAAAUAAACGCUACUAUGCAAGAAAAACUACCGGAAUGGAAGCAAAGAGGAGCUAUGUAUUCCAAUAAAGCAAAGGAAACAAGUAUAGAGUGGGGACGUAAAAGUAAAGGAGCAGUUGACAGAUGGAAGAAAGAAAGGGCAGAGCAACAACAACAACAACAACAACAACAACAACAACAACAACAACAACAACAACAGCAGCAGCAGCAGCAGCAGCCUUAUUCACCCAGUAGUGGCCUAUCCAUAACGCCGUCUCAGUCAUCAACAGCAGUAUUCGGCAUGCCAUUAGAACUAGCAGUGGCUUUUACGAAAAUAGAUUCAGAUGAUUUAAUACCUGCAGUGUUUAGAAGAUGUAUAGAAUACUUAGAUGAUGCUGGCAUACACGAAGUUGGUAUAUACAGAAUUCCUGGAAGUACCACUACCGUAAACAAGUUGCGAGCUAUUUUCGAUGAAGGAGAUGAUGUCAAUUUUGAUGAUACUAAACCAGACCCGCAUGCAGUUGGCACGCUGCUGAAAAUGUAUUUAAGAGAAUUACCUGAACCCAUUAUUCCAACAGAUCUGAUCAAUGAAUAUUAUGAUCAAUUAUCGAUAGUGGAGAAAGAACAAUGUAGCGACAGUAAUACACCCGCUUUAUCAGUUCAAGUGAUUACAAUAGUUAGAAAUAUCACAUCUAAAUUACCAGUCUGUAACCAUCGAUUGCUGCAAUUGUUAUGCAAGCAUUUAAGAAUGGUAGCAAACAAUGAGUCCGAGAAUCGCAUGUCCAUAUCCAACCUGGCAUUGAUCUUUAUACCAACACUGAACCUAAGUAAGGUUUUGUUUCAUUGCAUGAUUGAACAUUAUGAUGACAUAUUCAGUAAAAUACCUCCACCAUUACCGCAAAAGCCAUCCAAAAUUGUCACCCAUCUGCGAAAAUCUUCAACAACAUCUUCUGACACAACUUCGCCAGUCUCUUCUCCUCUCAACAGCAAGCCAUCCAUACCACCCAAACCCAAUGUAAAUACCAAUACAAUGCCAUCUGCAGUGAAACCUACACCUUCUACAUCCACACCCUCGUCCUUAAAGAAAAAGAUUGUUCAUUCCAAACAGAUGUCUGACACAACUGCAAUAUUAAAAAAGAUGCCACCACCGAAACCAAUCCGAUCUCCCUCCAGUAAUAGCAAUCAUAGCCAUACCACAGGCAAAUCGACCCCUUGUCCCAAAAUGCCACCGAGAACACCACCACCACCACCGCCACCACAAAAACAGCAAAGACCCCGUAACCAUAGCAUGUGCAAAACAGUGACUUCACCGCCUACAACAGCAUUUACAUCCCCUCUCUCCGGAAAUAGGAGUACUACCAAACCAAGAUCAAAGUCAGUUUCUAAUACGACACCUAUGCGGUUUUCCCCUCUACCCCCUCCUCCUGCACAAUCAGAGCCAUUACUAUUUCAACCCAAAGUGACUGAAGAAUUGAUUUGGAAGCAAAGUAAACAUAACAACCAUGGUCGAGUAGGAAUUAUUGGAAGACAAUUUGAACUAUUAAUGAGUAGCAGUAACAGUAGUACUAAGUCUAGUAAUGGUAGCGAUAAUGAUAUCAUACCGUCUUCUUUUUCACGGAAAUAAAAGAAACAGGUCUUUAGAAGAAAACGGGCAUCCGUUGAUUUGUGUUUGUAGAGGACGGGAUUUUUGAAGUCCGACAUCAGCGCU